AUGCCGGCGUCGCCUCCGUCCCAGAAACGCCUCAGCUUCCUCCGCAGCAUCUUCAUCAUCCGCCUCAUCAACGCCUUCUGGGUCACCACCUUUUUCCAGCCAGAUGAGUUCUUUCAGGCCCUCGAGCCCGCCUGGGAUCUCGCCUUUGGGCCCGGCAGCGGCGCAUGGCUGACUUGGGAAUGGCACUAUCAGCUGAGGUCGUCCAUCCAUCCGGCCAUCUUUGCGGCUGCCUACAGAUUGGCCGACCAUGUCUCCAGGAUAGCUCCCGUAGGCGCCGUCCUGCAAGCUAGCUUCGUCGUCGCUGCUCCCCGCGCCCUCCAGGCUGCCUUUGCUGCCCUCGGUGACUGGUACACAUGGCAGCUCGCCGUCCGCAUCUAUCCCGACAGCAAUGUCUCGUCCUUUGCUGUAUGUCCGAACCUCUCGUCGCCCCACCGUUUCCUCUUCUUGCAGCUCUUCAGUGCCUGGCAAUGGUACUGCUCCAUCCGUACCUUUUCCAACUCACUGGAAAUGGUCCUCACCGUCAUGGCCCUCUAUCACCUUCCCUGGGAGGAGCUUCUCGGAACCGCCCAGCCGGCCACAAAGGAGAACCCCAAACCCGUCGGUUCCAUCCUGCGCAAUCCCUGGCCCCUGCGCGCCUCGCUGUCCCUCGCAGCGCUGGCCGUUGUCCUGCGUCCUACCAACGUGCUCAUCUGGGCCACCAUCUUUGGCCUGGCCCUGACAAGGUUCGGUCUUCAGGGGCCGUCUCCGCUGACACCCAGCAUAGUCGUCGUCCUCUUCCGGGAGGCCAUCCUCUCUGCAUCUUUCGUCCUCGGGGCCUCGCUUGUCUCGGACCGCCUCUACUUUGGCUUCUGGACCUUUCCGCCCUAUAAUUGGCUCUAUUUCAACAUCUCCAAGUCACUUGCCGUCUUCUACGGCCGCAACCCCUGGCACUAUUAUCUCCUCCAAGGUCUUCCUCUCCUAUGCACCACGAGCCUACCCUUCGUCCUCGUAGCCGUGUACAGGCAGGGCGUCGCCGCUCCAUCCCCGACCGUGCCCUCUCCAUCCUCGCGCAACAUGCUGCGCGCCAUGUUGUGCGCCGCCGGCGUCACCGUCCUCGCCCUCUCCCUCAUCUCCCACAAGGAGGUGCGCUUCAUCUACCCGCUCCUCCCCAUCCUCAACAUCCUCGCCGCGCCCUUUGCCGCCUCCUUCUUCACGCGCGCCACCUCCUCCGCACCGGCCGACCAGGUGCCCCGCCUCCGACACCGACGGUGCCUCUACCUGGCGCUCGGCGUCAACAUCCUCCUGGCGGGUUACCUCUCGUCGUUCCACCAGCCGGCGCCCCUCUCGGUGAUCCAGCACCUCCGCGACAAGUACACCGACCUCCACCCCCCGACGGACCCCGGCCGGGAGCCAGGCCUCUUCGCCCUCUUCCUGAUGCCCUGCCACUCCACGCCGUGGCGCUCCCAUCUCGUGCACUCCUCGCUCGACGCCUACGCGCUCUCCUGCGAGCCACCGCUGCACACCCUCCCCGGCACGGCGGAGCGAGACAGCUACCGCGACGAGGCCGACCGCUUCUACGACGACCCCGUCGCCUUCCUGUCGGGGGAGCUCUUCGCCCCGGGCCACCCCCACGCCCUCCAACUACCCCGCUACAUUGUCGGCUUCGAGGGCAUCAAGCCAUGGCUAGACGACUUCAUUGCCAACACGCCCGAGGGUAUGGCCACUGGGAUGACGCUGCGCCCGGUCUGGUCCGGGUUCAACGGCCUCUUCAACGAGGAUUGGCGCAGGGCAGGCAAGAUGAUAGUCUGGGAUACGGGCGUGUACCCUGAUUCCACGAAACCAAAGCUCAAGGUGACGAAUACAGAAGUAUAUCAUAAGUGA